AUGGAGCCGACAAACAAUUCCUCUCCAUCUUCACCACCACCACACCUUUCACUGCGUCGUUCGAAUGCCGUCCGCCGCGACCCCCGCACGUCGUAUCUUCUCGACGAAAGUGACCCACCAGCUGCUGGAUCAACUACACCAUUGCAAAAGGCGUUUUCCUUUGAGGCGUUGUCUGCUGACGCGCGUGGUGCAGCUCCAAUGUUAUCCGACUCUGGGCAACAAAGUCAGCAGUCUUCGAAUCAGUCUCAGACAAGCAGCCAGAGCUCCACUAUGAACAGUCCCCGCGCCCCGGUAAGAGUGCCGAAGCCUCGCUACUACGCAAACGCGCUCAGUGAAGAGGACAAGGAGGCACUCACUCGCGGCGAGAAAAACCACAACCUAAAGGACUGGACGGCUAAGGAUAUGGUUCACUUUCACGAGUCACGCAAGGAGCUUGUACCGAAAGGCAUGGACAAGUUGGAGAAGGUCGAGACUUUGGCCAAGAUUGAGCGUGAAAAGCAAGACAGCCAGCGUAUCCUCGAUGAAGCGAGGAAGAAGGGCUCGCGGUCUACAGACAUCACUCGGUAUUCUGAUGCGUCUCCUCCCCCUGAUCUCCAGUUCCAGGAAAUCCCGCCUUCGCCUUCUACUUCGCUCGAAGACUUACCCCAGCUUUCCUCAACACAUACUCGUGCACUGAACAACGCCGGGUCUUUCCUGCACCCAACCCGUCCCCGCCCAUCUCAGCCUCGACCCCCAUCAGCGCGCAUAUCACGCACACCGCACCGUGUCCGUAGCCCGCUGUCCAUAGCAGUGCCUCGAGCAUGUGCCAAUCCCAACAUCACAUUCGACGACUUCCUCGUCCUUCAUAUCUCUGGAAAGGGUGAGGCGUAUCGCGGUGCUGUGAACGCGAUGAGAGAGCAUGGUUGGGAUGAACGGAACGCACGUAGUGUUGAGAUGACGGAGGUGUGUGUCAAAGAGGGGAAGUCCGGGAGUUUGUUGAAGGAUAUGACUUCGGUUGGUUCGCUGCGGAAGGUGUUUGCGUGGGCGUGA